CCCGGCCCCACCCCGCGGGGCGGGGCCCAGCGGGGGAAGGGCAGCCAUUGGCUGAGGAGAUUUGUUCACGUGCUCGGCACCAGCGACACUCUCUCUCCCUUUUCCGGUUCCGGGUCAAUGACUGCGGCCCUCGCAGGAGCUUGUCAACUUCUUCAAAGAGAAGAUCAGCAAGACGUGAUGUAGCCGCUGCCUCUCUUGGAUUGCGAAUAUUCCUUCAGCUCCUCUUCCCUCGGCUCAUGGGCUGUGCUGAGUGAGCACGCGGCUGCUGCUCCCAAGUCUCCACGCUGCUGUUCUCUUGCAGACGGCAGGAUGUGGCACGAAGCCCGGAAACAUGAGCGCAAGCUCCGUGGGAUGAUGGUCGAUUAUAAGAAACGAGCUGAGCGUCGGAGGGAAUACUAUGAAAAAAUAAAAAAGGACCCAGCUCAGUUCCUCCAAGUGCAUGGCCGGGCGUGUAAGGUCCACUUGGAUUCUGCCGUUGCUCUUGCAGCUGAAAGUCCUGUCAACAUGAUGCCCUGGCAAGGGGAUACGAACAACAUGAUUGACCGGUUUGACGUGCGAGCUCACCUGGACUACAUUCCCAUGUACACCCCACCACUGCUCAACCCAAUCUCUCCUGAGCAGGAGUCGGACGAGAGGAAGUGUAACUACGAGCGCUACAGGGGUCUGGUGCAGAACGACUUCGCUGGCAUCUCGGAGGAGCAGUGUCUCUAUCAGAUCUAUAUUGAUGAGCUCUAUGGGGGACUCCAGAAGCCCAAUGAGGAUGAGAAAAAGAAGCUCGCGGAGAAGAAGGCCUCGAUUGGCUACACAUAUGAGGACAGCACCGUGGCUGAGCUCGAGAACUCCUUGGAGAAGCGGGGAGACGAGGAGGACUCUGAGGAGGACAGCAACACGGAUGAGGACGAAGUCAUUCCGGAUAUCGAUGUGGAAGUUGAUGUGGAUGAGUUAAAUCAGGAGCAGGUGGCUGACCUGAAUAAACAGGCGACCACGUACGGGAUGGCUGAGGGGGACUUCGUCAGGAUGCUGCGGAAGGACAAAGAGGAGGCAGAAGCCAUUAAACACGCCAAAGCCCUCGAGGAGGAGAAAGCCAUGUACUCGGGCCGUCGCUCUCGCAGACAGAGGAGGGAGUUUAGAGAGAAGCGCUUAAAAGGAAGAAAAAUCAGCCCUCCCAGCUAUGCGAGGAGAGACAGCCCCACAUACGAUCCCUACAAACGAUCACCUUCAGAAUCCAGCUCCGAAUCCCGCUCGCGCUCUCGCUCGCCUUCCCCGGGCCAAGAAGAGAAGAUCACGUUCAUCACCAGCUUCGGGGGCAGUGACGAGGAAGCAGCUGCUGCUCAAGCCGGAGGAGUCCCUGGGAAAGCCGUCUCCCUUGGCAAGCCGCGCUCCACCCAAGUGCAUCAGGGCAGCGCUGCAGCAGGUCAUAGCGCCUCCUCCCGGAGACACUCCUCCUCCUCCUCUUCCUCAUCCCCCUCCUCCUCGUCCUCUUCGAGCUCCCGCUCCAGCUCCCGCUCCCACCGAGCCGGUGGGCACCACCACCGGUCCAGCCGGUACCGCCGCUCCCACAGCCGACGGUAUUCCCGCUCCCGCAGCAGGAGCCGGCGCUACUCCGGAGGGGGCUCACGGGAUGGCCGCCGGCGCUCCAGAUCACACUCGGCCGAUCGGGGCCGCCGGUACAGCUCCCGUCGCAGGUCCAGGAGCCAUUCCCGGUCCGGGGAGCGCUAUCGCCGGAGCGGCCGAGCGGGGAGACACUGGAGUAGCAGUCGGAGCAGCAGGAGUCACAGCGAUUCACGAAGCCGCAGCAGAUCAGCUUCUCCAGCAAGAGAGAAACUGCUGAGGCCUGCAGCUUCCCCAGCCAUCGGGGAGAAACUGAAAAAGGCUGACACUGCUGGUGGUAAAGAGACAGGAGCUGCCAAACCAAAGCUGACUCCGCAGGAGAAGCUGAAGUUGCGAAUGCAGAAGGCUCUCAACAGGCAGUUUAAAGCUGACAAAAAGGCAGCACAAGAGAAGAUGAUGCAACAGGAACAUGAAAGGCAGGAGCGAGAAGACGAGCUACGAGCCAUGGCCCGGAAGAUCCGAAUGAAGGAGAGAGAGCGGCGAGAGAAGGAGCGGGAAGAAUGGGAAAGGCAGUACAGCAGGCAGAGCCGCUCCCCAUCCCCACGAUACAGUCGGGAAUAUGGUUCCUCCAGGAGGCGUUCCCGCUCCCGGUCCAGAAGCCCUCACUACCGCCAUUAGAGCGUGGGUCCCAGCGCAGCACUGGGCUCUGCCCCCUUGUGGUGCGAUCGGCUCAGCAGGCCCCGCCAGCCCUGCUGUGUAGCAAAGCUGUACAUUGCUGUUCUGUUUUUAAGAUGCCAGUAUCGGAUAAUAAUAAAAAAUCCACCUUAGCCCUUGCAGGAGCCUUAAACUGGGCAUCUGGGACGAGGCCUCAA